CGGGCGCGAGCCGUGGCGGCGUUAACGGCCUCUCCCGCCGGCCGGCCGCCCCUAACGCCCUCCGCCCCGCGCCGCAGCGCUUUGUACCGUUGGCGGCGAGCGGCGGCUCCGAGCUUUGUCUCGGAUCCCAGCGAUGCGGGGCCGGGGACCUCUCUCUGGCCCUUGAUUUUUACGAGCUGCAUAAUCCCGCUCUCCUCCCUGGCGCCGCGUGCCUUUUGAAAUUCACGCACCUUCUUAACCGGGGACCCUGAGGAAAGAGGUUUGGUUUUGGAUCAGCGAGAGGAGAACGUUAGAAAGACACUGUUAAGUGGAGCGGGCUUGGCAGGUGCACACAGACCACGCGUGUAUUUCAUGCAUGGGGUUUGUAAGGAAGGAGAUAACUGUCGCUACUCACAUGACCUCUCCGACAGUCCCUAUGGUGUAGUGUGCAAGUAUUUCCAGCGAGGUUACUGUGUGUAUGGAGACCGCUGCAGAUAUGAGCACAGCAAGCCAUUGAAACAGGAAGAAGCAGCUGCUACAGAUCUAACCGCAAAACCAUCCCUUGCCGCUGCCUCAAGUCUCUCCUCCGUCGCCGGGCCCCUUGUGGAGAUGAAUGCGGGAGAGGCUGAGUCGAGAAACGCGAGUUUGCCCGCCGUGGGUGCCGGGUCCGAGGAUUGGGUGAACGCCAUUGAGUUUGUGCCCGGGCAGCCCUACUGCGGCCGCGCCGCCCCUGCCUGCUCCGAGACCCCCGUGCAGGGCCCGGUGCCCAAGGCGGAGUCUGAGAAGGAGACAGCUUCGGUGGAUGCCAAAAAGCAGCUCUGCCCUUACGCUGCCGUGGGGGAGUGCCGCUACGGGGAGAACUGCGUGUACCUGCACGGUGACGUCUGCGACAUGUGCGGGCUGCAGGUCCUGCACCCGGUGGACACAGCCCAGAGGUCCCAGCACAUAAAAUCUUGCAUCGAGGCCCACGAGAAGGACAUGGAGCUGUCCUUUGCCGUGCAGCGCAGCAAGGACAUGGUGUGUGGCAUCUGCAUGGAGGUGGUGUAUGAGAAAGCCAACCCCAGCGAGCGCCGCUUCGGAAUCCUGUCCAACUGCAGCCACACCUACUGUCUCAAGUGUAUUCGCAAGUGGAGGAGUGCUAAGCAAUUUGAGAGCAAGAUCAUAAAGUCCUGCCCCGAAUGCCGGAUCACAUCUAACUUUGUCAUUCCAAGUGAGUACUGGGUGGAGGAGAAAGAAGAGAAGCAGAAACUCAUUCAGAAAUACAAGGAGGCAAUGAGCAACAAGGCAUGCAGGUAUUUUGAUGAAGGCCGUGGGAGCUGCCCAUUUGGAGGGAACUGUUUUUACAAGCAUGCGUACCCUGAUGGCCGUAGAGAGGAGCCACAGAGACAGAAAGUGGGAACAUCAAGCAGAUACCGGGCCCAACGGAGGAACCACUUCUGGGAGCUCAUUGAGGAAAGAGAGAACAGCAGUCCCUUUGACAACGACGAAGAGGAGGUUGUCACCUUUGAGCUGGGCGAGAUGUUGCUUAUGCUUUUGGCUGCAGGUGGGGACGACGAGCUGACUGACUCUGAGGACGAGUGGGACUUGUAUCACGAUGAGCUGGAAGACUUUUAUGACUUGGACCUAUAGCGGCUUUGCAUGGCGAGGGAACGGCCUGCCGAGCCUCAGACAGUAGCUGUCCCCUGUGCCGUGUGGCGGUGUGCGGCUCUCCUAGGCAGGCCUUACUCCGGGUGCUGUCGUGACCACUUACCAGGGCCUGCUUUCCACCCCACUUCCCCAAGAGUGUGUCGUUUUCUCUGUUUCAAAAAGUUACAAAAAUAAAUCUUCAAGUUAGUUUUUUUUGUAACAUCUAUUUAACUGUCAGACAGUUAGCGUAGGUUUGUUGCGUCACCUGUUUUUGGCCUGGUUGUGUUUAUGGACUUUCCACACUCAUGUCAAGGCUCCCAGGUUCAAAUGGAAAAGCACCGGCCGUGCUUGGUGGUCCAAGAGUAGGGUGACGGGUGAAGGGGCCUGAGCUGGCGAGUAAGUAGCCUUCUGUUCUGGAUGUAGCAGUGGGUCCUCUGCUGCGGGGAGACCCGCACGUCUGUGUUUGUGUCUGUUCCUCCCUUGUGACCCCCGCCCCGUGAGGUUGUCCUGUGGUUUUUGGCCUCUUGUUUCGUUGCACACACGGAUACUACCGGGCAGCUAGAACCAGGUGUUAGUGUGAGCUUAGCGUGAUAGGAGCACCUUGGACAGGCGCGUGGCAUCGGUGGCAUCCAUCAGUGCAGGGUUGGCAGUGGACACCCACGGUCCGGAGAAAAGGUGUGUGAGCAUGAGCAGGCGUGCAGGGAGCUUCCGCCCCUGCACAGAUGCAGUAUUCUUAGGGUUAGUGGACAGACUUGGUUUCGUGGUGUCAGCCCCUUGUUGCCCAUAGAUCUGAAAAGACAAAGCCGCGAAUGGUAGUUAAUGUAACCAGGCUAGCUGUCUAGUUAGCGGUCGGUUAGCCAGGGAGGUUAGUGACCCAGUUAUCCCAUCCACCAGUACCCACUGGCGCUUGGCUGUGGUGUUGGGUUUCGUGUUUCAUGGUCUCGCCUUUCUGGUCCAGGCACUUUUGGAACAAGCUUUGUCCUGGUCGAGGGCUUCUGCUGCAGGAGUUGUUUUGGUGGGUGUUGCCCCGGUCCACCCCAGCGCUGUGCAGGUGGGCAGGCGGAUGGACGGCCAUACUCCCCCGACAGGGUGUGCCAUAGUGUUGUAACUGGUUGGCAGCAAUAAGUCACACUUCCUCUGCGGGGGAGGGAAGGGGAUUCUCGAGACAAGCUAAGCUACCCACUUGUUAGAGUUCCUCCCUGGCAAGUUCAUCAGUUUCCUGAAAAUAACUUGGGAAAUGUUCCUGAUUGGUCCAUCUACUGCUCUGAUUCCUCGGACCCCACCCAUUCUUUCACUUUAAGAAAAAACAAGUUAAUUGUUGGCAGAGGUCUCUGUAUUUUACAGCUGCCCUUUUGUAAGAAGCACUUUUCCCAAAUAAACAAUUUUAAAAACUU